AUGUCCGUCAAGAUCGAGCGAGACACAUUCCAGCAGGGCGGGAAGGCCGCCCUCGCCGGCGCUGGUGGAGCUGCCCCCGGCGGCCCUCUACCCGGUACCAGCGGAAAGCACCCCUUCGCCGAGGCCGUCGGUACAGCAAUCACGGGCGGGAAGCAGAAUGCGGGCACAAAGGGAUAUCUUGCUGCCUAUAUCAAGCAGCUCGAGGAGAACCCAAUGCGCACCAAGAUGCUGACGGCCGGAACUCUGGCCGGAGCGCAGGAGUUCCUCGCAUCAUGGCUAGCUAAGGAUCGCAACAAGAACGGCCAUUACUUCACAUCGCGUGUUCCCAAGAUGGCCGCAUAUGGCGCUCUUGUCAGCGCUCCUCUCGGCUCUUUCUUGAUCUGGCUGCUGCAAAAGGUCUUCAAGGGCCGGACAAGUCUGAAGGCCAAGAUUCUCCAGAUUCUUGUUAGCAAUCUUAUUAUUGCCCCUAUCCAGAACAGCGUGUACCUGACGGCAAUGGCCCUAAUUGCCGGCGCCAGGACAUUCCACCAGGUGCGGGCAACUGUCCGUGUUGGUUUCUGGAAGGUCAUGAGGGUCAGCUGGGUCACCUCCCCCAUCUGCCUGGCCUUCGCCCAGAAGUUCCUGCCCGAGAAUACCUGGGUACCCUUCUUCAACCUGGUGUCGUUCAUCAUCGGCACCUAUAUCAACACCGUCACCAAGAAGAAGAGACUUGCGGCACUCCGCAAGAAGCACUUCGGUGACGGCCGAUCUGGGUCCAUUGGCGGCCCUCGCCCCGAUGAUUAUCCCCCCAUUGGCCCAAACCCCCCUUACUAA